UGAAUUGUUUGGAUAUGAUAAUUGAGGUGCUGGUGGAUUGUGUAGAUGUUAUUGUUUGUUUCUGGUGACAGUGAAAAAAAAUAGAUCUUUUAUGAUGAAUCCCUGAAUUAAGGUGGCUCUGAGUGUUGUUCAGUUUUUUCUUUUACUGCGCGCAAGUGGACAGCUAUGGAUGAGUUUUUGAAAGAAGAAUCCACAAACAUAUCGCUCUCGGAGCAUGGAAAUUACGAUAUUUGCCAAGAAAUUAGGGCUGGAAGAAAAGAAGGAGAAGACGGGAAAGAAGAUGAAAGCAAUAUAAGUCUAGCAAAGGACUGUACAUCAUUAGGAAAUAAGAAAGACAUAAAUGGAACUGAAGAGAAUAGGUCAGUAUUAAGGGUAAACUCUGCUUCUGAAGCAAAUCCAAGUGAUAUGGAAGGGUGUAAUGGGAUGAAAUUUGUCGGGCAAGAAAACAAAUCUGACUGCUUUAAAAAACCAGUUCUGGUAGUAGGUCCACGAAGGGGUAGAACUGUGGGGAAAGUGAAGAACUUUCAUCCAAAUGAAUCUGCAAAAGGCGCGAGUGCUUCUCCUGAUGAGAAUGAAGAGCAGCUCGAUUGUGCACCAGACUUGAAUGUUUCAGUCAAAGGGACGGCAGAUUCCGAGAGCACGAAACUUCUAUCAUUAGCACCAGCCCAGAAGUUGAAAGAGAAGUCUGUACCACUCCCCUACAAAGAACCAACCUGGAGUGGUAUACCGGAAGCAGAUUAUGGCUUUGAAGUUCUAAAAGAUGGAAGGAUUAUAGAAAGAAUUGAACUAUCUUGUAAGCCAUUCUAUGUUAUUGGCCGCUUGUCGACAUGUGACAUACAAAUGGCUCACCCAACAAUAUCGCGAUAUCAUGCGAUUGUACAGUAUCGUAAGGAUGGAGAUGAUCAGAACUCUGCCGGAUUUUACGUGUAUGAUUUGGGUAGCACACACGGCACUUUUCUAAACAAGUACAAAAUUAAACCAAAUAUUCACGUGAGGAUUCAGGUUGGUCAUCUGCUGAAAUUUGGCAACAGCACUAGGAUGUUUAUUCUUCAGGGACCAGAUACGGAUCAAGAGCAAGAAUCAGAGUUAACUGUGACGGAACUGCGAGAAAAGCGGAGAAUGGAACAGGAGGAACGAGACAAAGAGGAAUAUAUGCGUGAAAUGGAGGAGAAAAAACGCAAGGAACGUGAGGAAGAAGAAGGCAUUGACUGGGGCAUGGGUGAGGAUGCAGAUGAAGAAACAGAUCUUUCUGAAAACCCUUAUGCUGCUGCACCAAAUGAAGAUCUGUAUAUUGAUGAUCCUAAGAAGACCUUACGUGGAUGGUUUGAAAGAGAAGGAUAUAACUUGGAGUACAAUGUGGAAGAGAAGGGGUUUGGGCAGUUCCUGUGCACAGUGGAGCUUCCAAUUGGGAACGGAAUGAUUGCUGAGGCUCUUGUGAAGGGUAAAAAGAAAGAGUCUGUGGUGCAGUGUGCUCUUGAAGCUUGUCGUGUUUUGGAUCGCUUCGGAAUGUUACGCCAAGCUACUCACGAGAGCAGAAAACGAAAAGCUAAGAAUUGGGAGGAAGAUGAUUUCUACGACAGUGAUGAAGACACUUUCUUAGACAGAACAGGAGCCGUUGAAAAGAAAAGGCAACAGAGGAUGCAGGCAGCCGGUAAAGUGCAACAAGAAGCGGAGACAUACGAUUCAUUGCUCAAGAAGUACAAUGAAGUUCAGCAACAGAUAAAAGAAAUGGAAAAACAGUACAUCAUAGCAGCACAGAAACUUUCUCAUAAUAGUGGUGAUUCCAUGGAUGAUGAUGAUGAAGAUGCUCUGGAUGCAUACAUGACACAGUUGUCAUCUGGCAUUGUUGAUAAAAAAGCUGUGUCCAAUUUGAAAAUUCAAUUACAGUCACUCAAGAGUGAAGGGGAUCACUUGCGGAAAUUGGUGAAUAUUGCAAAGCCAGCCAGCUUGCCCGAACUCGUCCCUAGUGAAGAGCUAUCGAAACUGCAGACUAGCAACAGAGCUGCAUUAGUUGCCGCAGUCAAAAGAAAAGUAAAGGAAGAACAGAUGAGCAAAAUGUCCCAUAAAAUAAUACCAGAUGUUGAUUCAAAGUUGGAAGGUGUAGAAGAACAGGAAGAGGAAGAGGAAGAACAGGAAGAAGCAGACAAAGAAGAACAAAAUAAUGGAAAGAGAAAUGAAGAUACAGGUGGAAAUCAUGACCAAAGAACAGUAAAACAAUCUGAACAGGAAGCUGUGUCAUUAAAUAGUCGUGGGGAGAAAAGAGAACAGCUUCACACAGAAAAGGAACCGUCUACUCUACAUGACAACAGCGUUAUUGGUAAUGUUGUUCGUCCAAAGAUAAUUGGUCCCUCGUUGCCACCCAGUGUGAACUUAAAUGAGGGAAAAGAUGUAGUUGUAAAUAAAAAUAAGAAGAGAUCGAGGCAGAGAGAGCCUAAGAAUGUGAAGGGAAAAAUGGCACAGAAAAUGGACUAUGAUUACGAUGAAUCCAACCCAGAUUAUUCAGUUUGGGUUCCCCCAGAAGGCCAGACAGGUGAUGGUCGUACGAAGCUCAAUGAAAAGUAUGGGUACUAGAUUGAUUCCUGCCAUGAGUGAAAAGUUAUCAAAACAUGCACAGUUUUCCUCCCAAUGUAUAUGCACUUCAAAGUACGCUGCAAUAGUGCAUGUGUUACCUGUUGACAUACCUUGUUUGUGGUCCUGGAGCAGUUCUUCUCCCUUUCACAGAUAGAUAAUAAUUUGGCAGUCUUUCUUUACUUGUAAUGAAGAAAUAAAUAAAGCAAGGGAAAGGUAAACAGCA